AUGACAUGUUCAGCUUUUCUCACAGAAUAUGCAAAGACCAUGAGCCCAGUUGCAAAAGCAGUUGAUGUUCUUCAGGGUGAGGCAAACGUGCAGAUGGGGUGGCAUGUACCCUCCAUCACACUGCUCAAGUCCAAGCUCCAGAACCUUCACACCACCUCCAAGUACCGUGGGCCAUUGGUGGAUGCUCUUCAAGCAGGGCUUGAACGUCGCUUUGGAGAGACGCUUGCUGAUCCAGAGCUGAUUGCUGCUGCCAUUCUUGUCCCCAAGUUCAGGACACGCUGGACUACUGAUGAAGGCAUCAUUAAAUGUGGCCUUGACUACAUCAAAACCCACCUGAAGGAGCAGAGUAGUGCAGCACAGUCAGGUGACUCUCUGUCGUCAGCAGAAGAGGAGGACUUCUUUUUGUCAAUCAAGCAGACAGAUCAACGGGACGGUAACACCAAACAACUAGAGUCCUACCUGGCCAGUCCAACUGAUACCAUGGACAUCCUAAAAACAUUUCCAUCUGUGUGCCACCUGUCUCUUAAGCUCAACACACCACUACCUGCCUCAGCUGCCUGUGAGAGGCUUUUUAGCACAGCAGGAAUGAUUUUUAGUCCCAAGAGGGCUAAGCUGCUUUCUGAGAACUUGGAAAACCUGCUUCUCAUGAAGCUCAGCAAAAGGUUUUGUUAA